CGUUAGGAUGACAACCCAAUCCACUACCGACAACUCAAUAACGAAUCCAAAAGAUUAAACAGCACACAAGGGACAAACCAAGCUCUCUUGAAGCUCACUGCACAUGGAACAAUGGACUCGUCUCCGCUUGUAAAAGCACACGAUCAUGUGCGCGCCGCGAGUGUCGCUCACCACUCCUCCGACAGUACAGUCGCAAUCACGGAACAUACUCAAGCUGCUGGCGAGUUCGCCAACGCUGCCAGAUCGACCUCUAGCAUCGAAGCUCUGCGAACACUGAAGCUCCUAGAACAACACCAUCGUAGGAUCGCCGAGAUUUUAAACCGACCGACCGAACCUACCUCCCAGGCCAGCGAUGCCGAUCUCAACGAGAAGGAUCCGUCAACCAAAGCCAAUCUCCCCACACAAGAUGCGGACGACAAGAAGGAAAACAAAAAGGACUCUACGGCGUCAAAGAAACUGUCCCCUCCGACCCAGCGUAGAUAUGCUCCACGGGAGAUGUCCUCUUCUAUCGCCAGCAACCUGGCUACCGCUCGUGGCAUCCGAUCAAAGUACAGAGGCCAACCUCUCGCGCCCAGUGUUUCCAAUGACCAAGCUCCCGGAAAUCUAGACGCAGCCUCGCACCCUCGCGGAACCAAGGCCAAGAUGCAGACUAUCAUCGAUCACCAGCCUGGCAAACCGACGUGGGUACCACCUGUUCCUGCAACCACACGCUCCGAUAGUUAUGGUAAAACCUCAUCGUCCCGACGCACCGAUACAGCUCCCUCUGCGGCACUCAAUGAUGACGGAGGAUAUACUCGGUUCUACAACACCUUCGGGAGUCUUAUCAAUAAGAUUUCAGCACCUUUGGCUUUUGCCGGUCUGCCACUAAUCCAAGAGGAACCCACCAUUUCAGAAACACCUGACUCCCCAGAAAUGUCUCCCAGUCCCAAGCGUAGUCACCUCAAGGCGUCCCCGUCAAAGGUCUUAGAACCAGACCUUAGCAAGAUCUACUCUAAGGCAACUAUGCAGGCUCUUGCUAGAGAAGGACACGGAGCUAACGAUUCUUUCUACGUUGUACCUACUACUGGCCACACCAUGUCUUACGCAAAUAUUCUCAGCUUUGCCGAGAAGGAAAAAAGAAGACUGGGGGCAUCGUCCCACAGUGAUCUUCUCGAUGUUCCUGAUGAAGAUGAUGACGACUUUGUGGAUGCCCGAGAAGCACCCCCGCUGUCGCCCGGAGCCAAACGCCGUAUUGGCCGUGCCCGCACUGACAAGGACCUCAACAACAUCAUUGAAGAGCUAUACACUGAAAACAAAUCUUUAAAGGACACACUAGAUAAGCUUACCAAGCGGCUCCACGCCUUUGAAGCCAGUGCUCAGAAUUCGGCAAUGGCUCUUGCUGAAAGUUACCGUCUCAUGCGCCCUGGAUCACCCACCGCUUCACCACACACCAGCAAAGUUGCCGACGAAUCCUUACGACGCAAAAACCAAGAGUUGGAAGAACAGCUAACCGCAGCCGUCAAACAGAUGGAGCGACUGGAAAAGGACAACCGAAAGAUGCAAAAGGUUUUGGACAAGUAUCGUGAGAAGUGGGAGACACUGAAGGCUGGAGCGAAAGCUCGGAGAGAGGCCCAGGGAACGAGUGAGAGCGUGGAUGAUGCAUCGACAGCUGGGUAACAAAGGGAUCACAGGUCUUUCUGAUGUUCUGUAAAAUCUACAGGAGUUUGAUUCAGCAGAGUCUUGUCCGUAGGCAACGGAUUGACAAUGUUGACGACCCACAUUGUCGUCUUAUCACAUCACAGUCACUGAAAUCAGCCUCCUGCAGAUCCGUGUGAAAUUCAUUCAUGGAUCUCCCUGGCCCCCAUGGCCUACUAAUUCCACCAGAAGCUCACACUGAAGCUCACGCUUAGACUUCUCACAUAAUGCCACCAUCCAAUAGGAAUAACCAGCGUGUCUCCUGGUUUAAGGAUGCACUCCCAAUACUCGAUACCUUCGAGUUGCUUCCUCAUCCUUUGGACAUCUUCGUCACUCAUAUCUUUCGGUUUCUCAUCCCAUUCUUCAAGCACACCCACAUCUAAUCUACUCGUGUUGCUCAUAUUAAUACCAUGCUCAGAUACCCGCGGCUGCAUAGCAUAUGUUGCUCGAGGAGGAUACAGACGGAUAUAUUUUGUUCCAACGACCUGGCAGAGCAGGUUAUGAUAGCCGUCGGUGUGAAGAGGUGUGAUAGUGCGCGCUGGGCCGAACCAGGCGUUGAGCUGGGGCAUGUCAACCGGCGGCUGAUUUAGAGACGGAGUUGUUGGAUGAGGUGGGACGUCGACCCAGCAGAAGUCCGGUAUAGUUAUGUCGUUACGCAGCGAAGGGAUCUGCCGGAAAAGGUUAUGCUGGGCAAGAUAGCCAACGCUAUCUGUUUCUCCUGUAACAUAGCGAUCAAGAAAAUCGCGGAACUGGAUAAGUUCUUGUCCCCAACCCUCAUCAACAUAACUUCUACCGAUUUCAACCGGUACCAGACGUCUCCCCCCAAAGGUUUGUGAGAGGAGAUACUCUGGAUCCUUCCAGGGGCGGCCCGUGAGAGCAGGCCACCCUGUAAUUAAAUCUGUGAAGAUAAUAGGCCGAGGCUCUCCGUUGUUGCUGUUCAUGUAGUCUUCAAACUGUGGCAUUAUCCAGCCGGAGCGCCGAGGACAUUCCCUCGUAGGUGAGAGCCUUGGUUCUCCGUGAGGCUGGUAGUUAGAAAAGCAUUGCGUCGAAGUGUCAUAUCUUUGACGCUUUGUUGGCCUCUUAUGUUCCUCAUUCGCCGUCCAAGCUAAUUCAAGCAUCCGUAUUGUGUCCUCAAGCCAUUGUUGUCGUCCACCACCACCCGCCGUGAUGAGUGCUCUAUCAAGCUUCUCAACGACAAGAUCUAGAAGCUUAUCUGGGACAAUGCUAUGGAUUAUGAGUGGUUGCAUGAUGAGACUAAAAGAGUCAAGGAUGCAAGCGUCAGUGUAUAUCUGACGCCACACGACAGGGAGGAGGUCAUAUCGGUAGGCGUAAAAUUUGGACG